UCAAAAAUUAAAGUUUUCAAGUAAAUGCGGAAAGUGUCUGUGGAAAGAUGAGGGUCUUCGUUUUCGUAGCAGCAGUCGGCCUCUUGACGGUCCAAGUUAUUAAGGCUGAUGAUGAUGAUGAUUGGGACGGUUUUGGAGAGGUGGAUGGCAGCCUAUAUAACCUAAAACCAUUAUCCAUCAUCGGAUUCAACACGGAACAGAGUUCGACCUAUAGCAAAAACACCCGAUCAUCAAAAGGUGUGGACGGAGACAUAGAGAAUGGAUUCUUCCACACAAAAGAUGAUGAGCGUCCGUUCUGGACUGUCCAACUCAAGGAGGAACAUUGUAUCGGAAGGGUUACCUUAUUCAAUCGUAAAGAACUCUGCUGUAAACGUUUAGCGAAUGCUGUUGUCCGAGCCGGGGUCAGUCAAUUCUACAGUCUGAAUGCACGGUGCGGGGUACCAGUGACAGCCAGACAAGCAGAGAAGCCUGGGGGUGUCAUUGAUGUUUACUGUAACCCGCCUUUGUUGGCAAGUGAGGUCAACGUUGUUUUACCAAACAAGGAAUUCCUACAUCUGCGAGAAGUUAUGCUUCAAGAGUAUCCUAUUCAACGUUGCCAUCAACAAGAAAGGAGGCUCUCCACUCUGAAUUUUCCGACCGAACAAAGCUCAGAAUACGAUGCUGCCAGAUGUCCAGCGGAGAGGGCUGCCGAUGGUUUUAUUAACAAGUUUGUAACUGAAGGUUUCAGUCACACCGGUCAUGACAUUGAUCCUUGGUGGAGAGUAGAUCUUCAAGACACGCACUGCAUCAGUAAAGUGGUUUUGUUCAACCGUGAUGGCUCAAAUAGCAAACGUUUAGCAAAUGCCGUCGUAAGAGCAGGAACAAAGAAAAACAUACAUAAAAAUGCUCAAUGUGGAUCAGCGAUCACCGCUGACCAAGCCAAGAUUCCAGGUGGAGAUCUAGCCGUCUACUGUCAACGACCGAUGAGGGCGCGUUACGUCAGUGUUAACAUACCAGGCAGAAAAGAAUGGUUGCAUUUACGUGAAGUAGAGAUCUACGAACUUGAUGUUGACCCGUGUGAAAGUGACGAACGCGAUUUGUCUCUAAUUGGUAAGCCGACGAAGCAAAGUUCUCUCCUGGGCAAUAAGUACUCACCGGUCACAGCUGCAGAUGGAAACGAGGACACUAAGCUGUCACCAGAACACAUCUGUACACACACAAAGGAAGAGGAUGAUCCAUGGUGGAUGGUUGACCUUCAAGAUAAACACUGCAUCAGUAAAGUUGUCCUUCUCAAUCGUGGGGAUUGUUGUAGUGCUCGUUUGACGAAUGCUGUCGUUCGCGCGGGUACCAAGCGCUCAUUCUAUCGCAACCCCCAGUGUGGUGAAGCAGUCAGUCGUGCCAUGGCAACUCCGCGCGGGGCCACGAUUGAGGUGGUGUGCGACCCACCGUUGGAGGCACGUUACAUUAGCGUCGACAUCCCCUCUGAUGAUCUUGCGUAUCUACAGCUAUGUGAGGUGACAGUAAAGGAGCUCAUUGGAGAAGACGCGUGCCGAGAACCUGAACAGAUAGUCAUAAAGGCACCAGAACCGCAACAACCUGUCGAAGAGCGUUUCCCAAAGAAAGUAAUAAAGGCACCAGAACCACAAGAACCUGUAGAGGAGCAGAAGCCCAAAAAGGUGCUUAGUGAUCGAGAGAGGUGGGCUGCUGGUGGUGGAAUCAAGAAGAAGCCAAAUGGUGGUGGUCAUAGGGGCCAGAAUAUUGGUGGUGGGGUCAAGAUUCGAGAGGAUGUUCCAGGUGACAUGGGUCCCUAAGCAUUAACGGCCGAGAACACGAUUCCAAACUACACCUGACAGAGAAACCCUUCUUUAAAGCGCCUAAAUUAUCACAUUAACUGAGCACACUGUAUAAGCAUGGGUUAUCCGAUGCAGGUACAGUAGAUAGAUAACAGGUAUUCAAUUGUAUAGUAGUGAAAAAGUCUUAUAGAAUUAUAUCAGUAUUCAUUAUAUUAUUGCGUCGUCGGAAGGCUGUCUUAGAAUAAACAAACAUCAUUAAAAUAGUAGUUUAACAUAACUAGUAUACCAAAGUUGCUCAAGAAACUACUAGUUAUAUUGCAUUGCGACGUACCUGGACUGUGACAUAAAUCAUGCAAUGUUGGUUACUAUGCUCAAAUAUUAUUUAGUGCACCAGUGACGUUAUUGAACACACAAUAUAGUACAGUAGUCAGAUAGUAAGUUGGAUUGUGCUUUGAUGACAAGCAUGGAACCCAUACCCCAAUUGUAUGUCAAAUUCCAUGUAUGUGUUAUAAUUCAUUCAUUUAUUCAUUUCUUUUAUUUUUACCACACACACAGAAAAGUGAUGUAAUUUACAAUGAUUAAAGGCAGUGGACACUAUUGGUAAUUACUCAAAAUAAUUAUGAG